GCGACUCGCGGCGACACUUGCGGAGUUCCGUCCCAGCGUCACAACUCUCUCGUGCAGCCUCGCUACAAGCUGUGUGUACCAUUCCCCGGCCGGUUUUCGCGCCAAAUAUUACGCGCGCUCACAUUUCGCAUUCAAAUUAUGUCCAAUCUUUUUUAUUUUUAUUUUUUUUCUAAGUUACUGACGGAUGUUAAUUCGGAAAAGUUUAAUUGACUUUAGUUGUGAUGCGUUUAUUUAUUGUGAUUUUUAUUUUGUUCUUUGUGUUUUUACCAAAGUCAACUAAGGCGAUUCGAUGGCUAGCGCUUCAUGAAAGCGAAGGCAACUGGACGGAGAGCGACUGUGCGGAGGCGCGGCGGAGCGGCGCGCUGUGGGCCGGACAGGCGCGCGCGUGCCGCCGUCAGCCCGCAGCCAUGCCCCAUGUAGCAGCAGCCGCACGCCUCGCCCGCGCCGCUUGCCUCGACGCGCACGCCGGUGAGCGCUGGAACUGCACUUCCAUCGAGCUCGCACCGAGGUUUACGCCUGAUUUACUAACAGGUACGCGCGAGCAAGCGUACGUGUACGCGAUGUCUGCAGCGGCGCUGUCGUGGUCUGUAGCCAGGGCGUGCGCGUCCGGUGCGCUGGCCGCGUGCUCGUGCGCCGCACCGCCCCGCGCCCCCCCUCGUCCCCCACGUCAGGCCGUGCCAUCGGAACCGCACGCCAGAUUCAAAUGGGGCGGGUGCGGUGACAACUUUCAGUGGGCUGAGAGAUUCGCGAAACAAUUUUUGGACGCGCACGAGAUAGACGUGCGAGAUGGUAGGAUAGAAGACGAUAUCAUCGAAAUAGAGACACCGACCACAGAGAGAACGACCACGACCCUAGAACCGACCACGAUGCCUCCGGUAGUGCUACUGGUGGACGACCAGCCAGCACCCGCGAAUACUAGCGCACCUCCCAGGAAAAAAGGUCGGCGUGGACGCAAACGCUUGCCAAGAUCACCGAGACGAGGUCGGCCGACAAGGAAAAGAUUCAGAUCCAGAUACGAUUAUGACGACGAAAAAGAAUUUGAACAUCGAAACAUAGAGUAUCGUAUGGCAGCAGAUGACCCUCGCUUCGAUCCUCAAAUAGACCUUCAUACGCGGCUCCAACACCUGCGGCCGCUCAUCGCUGCUGCCAAUCUCAUCAAUAGCCGCUUCGGAAGAAAGGUGAUAUCGCAAGGCAUGCGCACCAAGUGCACCUGUCACGGUGUGUCAGGGUCUUGCUCCGUGCGCACUUGUUGGCGUGCUCUAACGCCGCUAUCCCGCGCGGCCGAAGCACUCGCCCACGAAGCAGCGCGUGCGGCGCCUCUCGCUCCCCGCUCGCCCCCGCGACGCCAUCGUCGCACGAAGACCAGGCUGCGCUACGUCACACCGAGCCCGGAUUACUGCGAGCCCGAUCCCGCUGCUGGCUCGUUGGGUACACACGGCAGGAAGUGCAACGCGACCCUGGGAGGAGGAGUGGGGGGUUGUGGGCGACUGUGUUGCGGGCGCGGACGGCGUGCGGUGCGUUCCGCUCGCUUGGAACGCUGCCGCUGUCGCUACCACUGGUGCUGUCGAGUCGACUGCCAGCUCUGUCGCGUCAUCACCGAAGACCACUUUUGCAAUUGAAUAGUUGUAGGUCUUAUGAACGUCAAGACAUUUAUUUUAGGCAGGAGUACAUAUAAUAGAAAAAAGCAGGUUUUCUCAAUUCAAAUCGAUAUAACCCUUGUCAUAAGUGUUACCGCGAUGGUCAUGUUAACUUGUCAUACGAAAGGAGUAAAUCGUGACGGGAAUGUACAUCGAAGCGUCAACAGUCACUCCUCCCGAACCACAGAGGUUCGACAUUGGUACUGAAAAUUGGCACUUAAGUAGGUACUUUAAAGAUCUUAUAAACGCAAUGAAACAUUUCACUAAUUUAUCGAUUUAAUAGAAAGAGACGGCUUCCUCUAUUCAAAAUCGAUAAAAUUCAUGCCCUAGUGUUCUCGGUAAGCUCAUAAAGCCAUCGCGUGGCGCGGAAAGGGUGAGUCAGUCAAGAGCCCACUUUACGUCAACCGUCCGCGUCGCCCCUCCGAAACCUCGAAGUAACUCAUGAACCGACUCAAGUAAGGUAUAUAACUAGCUUACCUAGGUAUACUUCCACCAAAUAUUUUAAGGUACAAAAAGACUUAUUUCAUUUAGUAUUAGGAAAUAC